AUGGAAACACAAUCUCCCUGUACCACUCCCGAUUUAUUCCAAACUUCCCAUUCCCGUUGGCUUGCCAUUACGCACCGCGCCCCUUCAUCCCACUCAUCCUUUCUGUACGGCGUCAAAUCCACAAAGAUCUACUGUCGCCCCACCUGUGCUGCGCGCAUAGCUCGAAGAGCCAAUGUGGUGUUCUACGACACAGCAGACCAAGCCCGCCGUGAUGGCUUCCGGCCGUGCAAGAGGUGCAAGCCGGAUAAUGUCAGUUUUCUCGGGGGGAAGGAGGAGGUUGUCGCCAGAGUUAUCACGCUUUUGCGGAUAAAGAAGGAUGAGGUGGCGAUGAAGCAGGGCUUGAAGGAGCUGGCGCAGGAGGUUGGCGUUACGCCGAGUUAUCUUUGUCGAGUAUUUAAGAAGACGAUGGGGGUUACGGUUGGGGCGUACAUUAUGGAGUUCGAGAGGGAGAUCAGGCAGGGCGAGAUGGAUAGUUCAACAGUUCAAUCUUCUCAAAGUCAUGGAUUGGAUAUGCUGGAUGUGGGGAGUGGGCUCCUGACGCCGGCAAUAACAGCUAUGAACUCUCCGGCGCCUGUCGAGGGUCUGAAGGGAGGGUUGGUGGAGGGGGGUGUGGAAACUGUUGAAGAGAACCUGGACUUGAACUUCAAUAUCGACGAAUGGUUCUGGACGGAAGACUUCUUGAAUGACAGUGUCUAUGGGUGGGCUAUCCAAGAUAAUGCAUAG